AGCGAUGCAUCUGCAUGGUAUCAUGGAAGACGUGAUUCGACUCGUGAUAACAAAGAAGGUUGGCGAAGCCCUGGCGCUUCUUGGUGUCGGUGACUACAGCCAGGAAUCGAUCAAAGAGCACGUCCUCUCCCUGUCAGAUUUUGUCCGUGAUGCCAGGCUCAAGGCUGGCAAAGAGGCCAGCCCGGCCUGUCUGUCGAAAGAAAUUUGCCGCAAUCGACAAGCGGCCAUUGACGCACCUCUACUUGGAUCCUACCGAAUCCUCUCAAAUUCUGCGAAACGCGGCCAAACUGACUAUAAAGGACUUGAUGGGCCGGCGAGGAAGAAAAGAUCGAGAGGAGGGAGGGUUAAGAAGCCUUCAGCGGCUUCCCUACCACCGGACGGGAGGACAUCCAAGAAUGACAGAGACUGCACUGCCAACGAGAACGACCAACCGAGCGGAACCGUCGAGUGUGGCACUGCUACCGCAGCUGCUAAUAGGAGUGAUCAAUCCAAGGAGCCCUCCGAGUCAGGCGUAAAUACCGCGGAUGACAAAGAUCACAAUCAGGCCAGCGAAGCCCCUCAGAAUGACGGAGAUACCACAGCCGCCAACAGGAACGACCAAUCUAGCGACCGCCCCGAGACUGACAUAGCUUCCACCGGUGCUAAUAAUAAUGAUCAACUCAGCAAGGCCUCCGAGAACGAUGUAGCUACUGCGACUGCCGAGAAUAACGACCAACCCAGCGAAGCCGCUAAAAACGACGUAGAAACCGCAGCUGGGAAGGAAAACGAUCAAUGCAACGAGCACAAUCCGGGACGAGACCCGCGCAAUGCCGGUCCGGACAGAACGGACAGCAACGCCGUCGCCCAACCUCAAGAUGAGAUACAGCAGAUACCUGUCAUAACAGCCAAUCCUGCGACUGAUCAGAACAAGACAAGCGCAUUGGACGAUGCCACGCCACCCGAUGAGUCGCAACAGUCGGUAACCAUCACGCAGGCGACGGCCGCGCAGGCGAGAGUCGCCGCGGACAGCGCACCGGUUUCUAACACUGACUACUGUGCUUCGCUUGAACCUCCAACCGAGACUAUACAAGACCUCUUCGCAUCGGCGUCGGCCAGGGAGGCAAUGGAGACAAUAGUCGUGAGCUGCGCGACGCUCAACUACACGCUUGGCAGUCAUAGUUGGUCUUCGACCACAUCAGCCAGGACGGACAAGACAAGUGAUUUGCGGGACUACGCCGAACAAAUCCUUAGCUGGGACUUUGAAAGGGCGCUUCGGGCCCUACGGAACGAGAAGGCUACUCUUGCAAUCAAGGACAUCCAGGACCGGUACAUGAAGUCCAUAUACUGGAGAAUUAUCACGAAGUAUGCCGCGUCACUCGAUCCCAGUACCCUGAAAACCGCCAAGGGACGUCUGGACGACUUUACGAUGGCCGAAAAGGAGGCGACUAAAGAUUUCAUGAAGAAUGCUCGCAUUGGACUAAGCCCCGCAAACCAGCGCCGCUGCCGUCGCUUUUGGAAGAGCCUAUCCGAUAUGCGCGAAGCUGGAGUCGAAAAUAUACUCUUCUAUCGUACAAAGGAAUUCGACAGCUUUUGCGAUAACAAUAAUAGAGGUGAUGGGUCCGGUUUGGUGCAGAUAGUGCUCUCGUGGGAGAAGGUGUACGGUCCGCAUCUGGAGCAUCUUGCGGAACGAGCGAAGAAGGAGGCCAGGGGAGACCGAACUGGACGAUUGUGGUUGGCUCAACCGCACGUUGCCAAGAGACUGCACGUUCCAGAAGCAUUUUGGAAUGAUGCCCGAAACGUGUGGGGCUGCGCCGAGGAAGAGGAGCGGUUCGCCUCCAUCCCCAGACAAACGAACGCCACGGCUGACCAACUCGGCGGCCUCCUCGACAUCCCCGCUGCAGCAGGCGGAAACCGAAACAAGUCGAUUUUUGUCAGCCUCCUCCCUCGGGACGAAAACUUUCUCUCUGUCCAUCCUAUCAUCACCAUUCAGGAAGGAGACUUUCUCGGUAUCUUUGCUGGGACGAUUCGAUACUCGAACAAUUUUGAUCCCAUGUACGGAAUUUGCGGUCCCGCUGACAAGCUUUGGCGAAUGUAG